GCUAAUGAUAAUUUUAAUGGACGUUUAUGCAACUGGCUGAAAGUAGUUUAGAUAGUACACACACACGGCCUUGCGUCAGGUUACCACAUCAAGUAAAAUUUCUCCUGUUGCUUUUAAACUCUACCCUGAAAACAUUAAUGUUUACAUUCAAAUAGAAAAGUUUGACAGAUUUGUAUAGCCUGACAUGCUGACUGUACCAUGUACAAAUGGCUGCACGUAAGGUUAUUUUGAGCUCUAAUUUCAAUGAAUUAAAGUUUAAAAUUAGGUCUAGGAAUCUGUAAUUUUGUAUAAACUGUUGACUGUACUUAUAGGAGUUAAGAAACUUGUAGCACGUAUGAUCUAAUUAGACGUGUAUAAACAAAAAGAAAUGGCGGCCGCGACAACCUCCUGCCUACCAAGCGAGUCUAAAACGCGGUCGCGCGAGAAAGUUAAAAUUUUCAAACGGCUCGCUUUCAGUCGCCCAAACACUCCCUAGGUGGAGUAACGCGCCUCGUUGCAGUUGCAAACGAGUUUAGCUACCACGUUCCCGCCCUCAAGAAACUUUUUUUUUAUUCCACCGUUAACAUAACUGCAGACAAAGGGAUUUAAUAGAUCGAGAGUUUUGUGUUUUGUGAUCCAGUUCCAGAAUCGGAUAAUUGUAUAGCAACCAGUGAAAAAUGAAUAUGCUAUGGUGCUGGUUAACAGUACUAAUGGUGACGUGGGAGCACGCUAGUGGUCACGGGAGACUGGUAGAGCCGCCAUCUCGGGCAUCCGCCUGGAGAUAUGGCUUCGACACACCACACAACUAUAACGACCACGAACUCUACUGCGGUGGCUUCUCACGCCAAUGGAAUAAAAAUAGUGGCAAAUGUGGCGUUUGCGGCGAUGCAUGGGAUGCUCAACAGCCUAGAGCUCACGAAUACGGCGGCAGAUUCUAUAAAGGUGUCAUCGUGCGAAAAUAUGCCCCCAAAGACGCUAUACCUAUCAAAGUAGAAUUAACGGCCAGCCACAAUGGAUUCUUUGAAUUCAGAUUAUGCGACGAUUACAGAGGAACAACGCAAGAGUGUUUAGACAAAUACGUCUUAAAAAUUGAUGGAAGAGAUACUACAAAAUUUUACCCCAAAGACGGGAACAAAAUGUACGAAAUGAAGUAUCGAUUGCCGGAGAGCUUUGAGUGCUCACAUUGUGUGUUGCAAUGGAGAUACAUCGCAGGGAAUAAUUGGGGAAAGUGCGACAAUGGAACUGAAGCUGUGGGCUGCGGACCUCAGGAGGAGUUUCGGGCGUGCGCUGACAUUGCGAUAGGCGAUAAGUUCGCAACUACCACGAGGAGGCCCAGACCCUCUUACGUACCUCCGAACAGAAGACCGACAGUGCCAACUCCAGAGGAGUCUACAGGAACCGCUUGGUACGGUAUCCUUGUUGCGAUUGUGGCAUUAUUCGUCGCGCUGGCAUUGCUUGCCGGUAUAUACCUGUACUACUAUCGUGGCGGUAUGAAAAUAAAGAGUCUGUUGAAAUCCAAAGUGUCGCAGCCCGCCCCAAUCCCUCCACCGAGGCACAAACGCGCUUCACUUUCAAGAGAACAACCACCAGAAUUAGUGCCUUCUAAAAUAGAUAAUUUACCUGAAUCUGGUUUCGAAACUGUGGAUUUACGUACUAAAUGAUGAGAGUAAUUGUUUUUGUAUAGUUAUAUAAUUUUCUCAUGAGGCUCCUGAUAGGUUAAGUUACCUACCACUGCCUAUACAGUGAUAUUUUUAUUUCGUAUUUUAAAAGUAAGUAAACUAAUUAUUUGUGAAUGUAUGGUUGGUUGUUACUGAUUAGUGUGAAUUAAAUGUAAUUAAACUAGGAUUUUAAAUGUAAAUUUUAUUUAUUUUUUUAAUAAAUCUUUACAGUGUUAUAUUUAUAUUUCAUUUAGCAGUUAUCCCUAUAAAUUUCACGUCAUAAAGUCUUUGAUGUUAGAAUGGAACAUCCCUAUAACAUUCCUGACUGUACGCUUUUAUUGACAAUGGAAGUUUUAUAGACUAUUA